AUGGCCACAGCUACUGAAGAUGUCUUGACCAAGGUGUCCACUGAGGCUGCCACCGAGCUGAUCAACAGCUUCUACCCUGCGCUGAAGAACGACCGCAACUCCAUCGCCUCCUUCUACCUACCUACACCCACGAGCAUCCUCUUCAACGGCAACACAGUUGCCGAUGGCGCCGCCGUACAGGACAUCUUCCUGAACCAGAUGCCCGAGGCAUUCUACGAAGUGCAGUCCUUUGACUGCCAAAUCAUCAACCGCGCAUACCCGACCACGACCACCACAGGUCUCAAGCCCACCACCGAGAUGACCGUCAAGGACAUGUCCAUCCUCGUCAUGGCCAGUGGAAACGUGCGGUACGGGGAGAACCGCGACCUGUUGCCACGCGGGUUCAGCGAGACGUUUGUGCUGGUGCCAAACCCGAGUUCUGAUCGCAAGCGCCGACGGGACUGGCUGAUUCAGAGCCAGAACUUCCGGCUAGUUGUUUAG